UAAUGAAAAAAAUAUUUUUUUUUGAACUAAUAAUACUAAUAUACUUAGUCACCUAUAACACGAAGUUUUGCAUACAUUUUUUUUUUAGCAUUUUUUGAAAAUAAAAUACUUUACUUUUCAGCAAGCGGCCAUUGGUGGAAAAAGUUUAGACAGCCUUGAACUAAAAUAGUAAAAUAAAAUUAAAAAAAAUACACAUAUACUAUAUAAAUUACAACUACCAUAAUAAACACUGUUAAAUGUGUAACUGAACAUUAAUAUUCUCGUACAGGCUAAGUAGUGCAGUUAUUCCGCAUUUGUUGACGUCAAAGACACACACACUGACAGCGGCAUGCCGGGAGGAGGAGUCUGAGAAAUAGACUCCACUUCCCAGCAUGCCCCGCGCCUUUUCUUCCCCGCUUCCUUCCUUCCUGCAGCCGUCCAACAGAAAGAUGUCGAGCAGACGCGGCGGCCCGGAGACUCCGAGGCGAGCGUGAACGGAACCAUCUCCCAGCAAAAUGGCGGCACGGCGGCGACUGGCGGGACGGAAGCCGAGCUCAGCGUCUCCUACUCGGCCUUGAGGCACACACGAGCGCCGCUGGAGCUCCGGAGCACUGAACUGAACUGAACCGAGUCGAGCCGAGCCGAGCCGAGCCGAGCCGCCAUCCCGCCAGUGAUGGGCGGCAGCUUGCAGGACUGACGCGUCCCUGAGAGCAGACCUGAUCCACGUCCCCCUUCAGCGCCAUGGAGCGCUCCGGCAGCAUCCAGCUGGACAUUCCGGACUUCAGUAAUUCGGUUCUGUCCCACCUGAACCAGCUGCGGGUCCAAGGGCGCUUGUGUGACAUCGUGGUCCACGUUCAGGGUCAGAGCUUCCGGGCCCACAAGGUGGUCCUCGCCGCCAGCUCGCCGUACUUCCGGGACCACAUGUCCCUGAGCCAGAUGAGCACGGUGUCGCUGACGGUGAUCCGGAACCCGUCCGUGUUCGAGCAGCUGCUGGGGUUCUGCUACACGGGUCGCCUGAGCCUGCAGCUGUGCGACAUCAUCAGCUACCUGACGGCCGCCAGCUUCCUGCAGAUGCAGGACGUCAUCGACCGCUGCACGCACAUCCUGGAAGGAAUCCACCUCAAGAUAAGCCUGGUCGACCCGGACCACCGGCCCACGGACCAGGAGGGGGUGCCGCCGCGCCCCCGCACCUUGGAGGCGCCGGUCAGAGGAGCCCGUCAUCCGUUACCGCUCGGCUCCAGCGUGGACGCGGCCAGCCCCGGCGAGGAGACGCUCAGCCCGACGUCGGGACCUUGCGGGCCGGAGCAACCCGGCGUCUCGGUCAACCGGGCGGCCAAAGAACCCAUCCUCCGCAUCAACCGGGCGGGCCAGUGGUACGUGGAAGCCGGCAGCGAGGCGGACGAGAGCUCCUCCGUAGACGGCAUCACCAUCAAGACGGAGCGGACGGAGCAGUGGAUCGGGACGGGGCGCGAGCGGGAGGAGGCGGGCCUGGCCGAGGCGGGCGGCGCCAUGCUGAUCGACGUGUCGGGACACGGUACAACGGCGCCGGGGACGCCGGGGGCCUGCGGCGUACGACCGUCCAGCAGCCUCGGCGACGCUGACAGGUUCAGCCCCACGGGGAGCGUCCUGGUCCUCGCCGACCACCCAAGAGCGAAGAGCGAAUCCCCGAGCCGGACCGACGACCCGGGACACGCCAGCUCCCAGGGGGAGGAGCCGGCGGCCUACGAGGACUACGUGAGGGAUCAGGCGGGCGACCGCUGGUUCCGCUACAACCCGCGGCUAACGUGCAUCUACUGCUGCAAGUCCUUCAACCAGAAAGGCAGCCUGGACCGCCACAUGCGCCUGCACAUGGGCAUCACGCCCUUCGUGUGCCGCCUGUGCGGGAAGAAGUACACGCGCAAGGACCAGCUGGAGUACCACAUCCGCAAGCACACGGGCAACAAGCCCUUCACGUGCCGCCUCUGCGCCAAGAGCUUCCCCUUCCAGGCCAUCCUCAACCAGCACCUGCGCAAGAACCACCCGGGCCACGACACCCACAGCGCCUCGCCCGAGACCACCACCGCCUCCCUCACGUCGAGGGGCGGCCCGGGCGACGACGCCUCCCCCGGGCGGGAGGAGACCGAAGCGGGCGGCGGAGGCGGCGCGGCGUACAACGACGGCCCCCACCCGUCGGUCACCACCACGGGGCCCGACUGAUACGGCGCCCUCCCGUUCACCCCACCCCCUCCUCCUCCACGCCACUUCAGCCAAUCACGUCCUUCCUCUCUGCCUCCUGACAAUCAGCCGGCCCGGUAUCGGCGACUUCAUCACACCGCAAGAUUUUUAGCGAGAUCCGACGUUCAAACUCCGACCCGGACCGGAGCCGGUUUGGGUCUUUUGAGCGGUCCGACCGAUCGUUGAGUUCGGGUCUCAACGGACAAACCUCAGAUAAGCUAAGCAGCUCAGUUACCUCUCGUCAGCACGCAAUACACCACCGGGGGGCGCUCCAUCCUCACCAGUUUCCUCAAACUUCCUGGAUCAGGAAUGAAAGCAAAGAGGCGACAUUUUAAUCACUCAAAGAUUGCUUCUUUUUUUUUUUUUUUUGUUUUUUAACUCGUGUACUAACCGCGCUUAAAUAAAAACUAGUUUCCUCGCGAUCAAAGCGGCGACGCCGGGUUAGUUUUGGCCACCACCCGCCUAAUAAGUCCUUAGGAGGAAGACAUGAUGCAGUAUUAUCUGCUCCCAGAUACUACCGUCAUGCUUCAGUCCCUCGCAGGGUUCUCACAGGAAUGAGGAAAAAAAAAAAAAAAAUAGGACCUCAGGAACUGUGGCGUAACGGACAAAA